CCUUACAGAAUUGAUAGCCACCACAUGAGCUCAGGUGGCUGUAAAAAGAAUUAGAAGGGCUGUAACUCAGGGACAAAGCAUCUGCUUUGCAUACAGAAGGUCCCAGGUUCAAUCCCCAAUGGCAUCUCCAGACAGAGUUGGGAUGGACUCCUUGCUUCAAACCCUGGAGAGCAGCUGCCUGUCAGUGUUGACAACCCUGAAGUAGAUGGAGCACUGAUGUUACUUGUAUGAGUAAGUGGGGUGACACGAUAACUCAAUGGAACCUCCAUGCACAGAAGCACUAGUAAUUCUGAAUGCUAGAGUCCAGGGACAAACAAGAGUGGAGAGUGUUGGAUUUGUGCCCUGCUUAUGAGCAUUUGGAAGCAUCCAUCUAGCCUUUGGCGGAAAUAGAAUUCUGGACCUCAUUCUGAUCUCACAAGGCAAAACUCCCUGCUUUAUGCCUUUCAACCAACAGCAAACAGUCUCCUCUGUCCUUAGGCCCUGUGAAUACCAUUUUCCCUUCCCCUCCCUUCCCUUAUCUUUUAUAUCCACACCUCAUUCUAUUAGGCCCUCUGACCCCAGUCAUCAUCCUUCUCCUUAGCCCAAUCUGUGUUCUUUUCUCUUCAGCCGUGUUGCCUCUGGGGGCCCUCAUCUCCUUAGUUCCUCAGUCUCCUGGACACUUUUCUCUCUCAGAUUUCUAGAUCUCACAUACUCCACCUGCUUAGAACUGGUUUGGACUUAGAAAGCAUAAAACAUGAAGGACCUGGCUUGCAUUACAUCACUGUAUUUAGAACACCAAGGUUGGAGACAUCUGGCUUUUGCUACAGGGUGACUGCCUUUCCCUGCCCUUGAAGUUCUGGGCAUCUGUCAACAUCUACCCACCUCCCUCCCAUUCAUGGGAACAUGGGGCCCAUUUCUGAAACUUUGCAUUUUGUGUUUGUAGAAGCUGUGUAAAAGAAUGAAUGCAUGAAAAGAUAAGCAGAGAUGUGAUUUAAAUUUGGGGUGUGUGCUCUGUUUAUCCAGGCAAUGAUACAUAUUUUUGCACGGUCUAUCAGAGCUUGACAGUUAAUUAUUAGGGCCUGUUAGUGUGUGAGGGGCCAAUCCCUGAAAGCAAAAACAAAUAGAAAUGUUCCUCAGCAGCUAAGAAUGCAUUCCCCUUCCCUCCCAGCACAUUCUUCUGUUUGCGGAUGUCUUGGUUUGUAAGCUUAGCUCGAAUAAACCCCAGCCUGCUGUGCGAAGCAACUGCCUGAGGUGUGUCUUGAAAGGUUUUGGAGACCUGGAAUGCUUUUGCACCAUUUGGUGGCCCAGCCAAUAGUUUGGGGUUCCAACAACAUUUGGAGGGCUGAAAGUUACCUAUCCCGGAUCUACUGGGAAAGAGGCUACUAUCCCAGAAGCCACAUAGUAAUGUUAAGUAGUUCACAAAUAAACAUCAUGAUUAUAUUGUGUUAUACCUCUUUAGGUAUAAAAACUUUGGUCUAGGAUACCUUAGGGACCACCUGAUUCCUUCUAUUCCUGUUUGAUCAUUGAGGAUUUUUUGGGGAGUCCCUGGUAGUAGUCUCCCAUGAUUCACAUGCUGCUUUCAGUAUUGUGGGCCCAAUUUUGUAGAACUCCCUCCUGGUAGGCCUCCUUUCUUUUGAACCUCCAGCACCCACUGAAUAGUUCUUUAUUCCAGCAGGCAUUUGAAGUGAAUUCUGAUGUUAUAAUUUUAACCACUUUAUUUUAUUGAGUUCUUGUAUAUGCCACAUAGAAGCAACUAGUUUAGCAGUAUAUAGAAGUUGUCAGAGUAAAUAAAAUACUUAGCUUUUUGCUUGAGAAUAGCGAAAUGAACAACUGUCUAUGCCUUUUUACCCAGAAGUAAACCCAGUGCUUCCAUAUACACUGCCCAGGCUUGCACCCCAGAGAGGUCACCGCAGGUGAUGUGAUUCUUUAGUAGUUUAACUUCACCUCGAGGUCCAGUCCAUUGUCUCCCAAGACAGACAGAUGCCAACAAGAAGUAGUAAUACUUUAGUUCCUUGAGACUUAUGCCCAAGUAAGUCAAGUAGAGGACCGCAGCCUAAUACAUUUGUUCUGGCAGCAGGUGAGGAAGUUAGCCGCUUUGAGACUCCUUAGGGUAGUGAUAAAGCGGGAUAUCAAAUGCAAACUCUUAUUCUUCUACUUGGGCCUUUCUCCUUCAUGGCCUCCAAGGCAGAUCCCAACAAGCCAGAACACAUUUACCAACCUCUGGCGCUGAUGGGAGUUGUGGUCUCUUUUUAGAAAACUGCUUGAAGAUUUCUAAUGCAGAAAGCUAGGGAAUCUAUAAGCAACUAUAUAAACUUUUGUUACCUUUAGAUGUAUUUUUAUUACAGUAGAUGUUAUUUUUUGUGGUUGAAUUUUUUGCAGUUGUAACUUUCUUGUAAUUUUUAAUGUUAUAUUUUAAAUUGUAACCACGCUAAGGCAUAAGGGUGGAGGGUGGGCAAAUAAAAUAAAAUAAAUAGAGGGCACCAGGUUGUCAAAGGCUGAGCUCGAACAAUCAAAACAAUUACAGCAGCAAGCCACAAAUACAUUAAAGUUUAAUUGAAAACAACUGUUAAGAAGCAGUGGAGCCAGCAGCAGAAGCCUAGGAGAAUCAAAAAAUGUAACAGAGUCUAGACAAUAAACUUGGUAGCUUUUGGAUCUCUUUGGAAAAAGAUCAAACUGGGGAGUGGGGUAGUUUGGCACCAGAACUUGGGAAUGCUCACGUUUCCUGCUACUGAAAUAAGCUGGGGGGAAUAAUUCAGAGAGAGGACAUCAGAUGAGAGAGAAACAGUUCAGCAGUGUGUGUAUGGAGGAGUGGGACCUAAGAUGGGGUGGGCUUUGGGGAGAGGCCAGCAGGAAAUGUCUGUGCUGCCAGCUUGAAGUUUUCCCACUCCUUCAUUUUUAGGACCAGGCCAGGGAGACAGCUAAUGAUAAUGCUACAGCCAUGUGUAGCUUUCCUAGAUAACGCUUCUGUUGAUUUUCCUAAGCUUUGCUUUUCAAGCCUUUGACUGUUCCUCAAAAAUGACUAGCUUUUUUAAAAAAGAAAAAGAUGAAAAAACAAAUGUGCUCUUGGUUUUCCAUUUGAUGCCUGGGUUUAGCUAGUGGUGUUGGGCACUGUCAAUGGAGCUGCUGGGAUUAGAAGAUAUUUCUGGUUUUCCUAACUGCUGAAGCAGAGAUAACCUUCCUGGGUAUACUUAACUUUUAAAAUGAGAGUUGCAGUAGGGAGUUGUGUUUUUACCUUCUAAUUAUGGCAUGGAGUGUUCUAUGAGCAGGUACGGUCUUUGAUCCUCCUGACUCCAGCCUAGUGAUUGAGUCACUCUCUCUUGACUCAACCCCUCCCCAGUCUGCACCAUGGCGACAAUAAAAGCCGCCUAUCCUACAGGGCUAUUGUAGGGAUUGCUGAGAAUCAUGACUGUAGAGUUGCUAAACAUGAUUUCUAGGUUGGAAACACUUUGGGGCAGAGACCCAGAGAUACUUCAGAACAAAGCAUAGGCUGCUAACACACAGCACACAGAGUCAUCAAAACAUCUUUAAACGUCCUUAUACAUACAUAAAGAAAGGUUAGAGGUCAUGGGAUGUUAAAUACGCACAGCUUCAUAAUGAGAUCAACUUCCUUGGGGUGUUCCAAAACAUGUGGUCUCAACUUACAACUUAUCAGGCAGUUGUCUAGACAACCAGACCUUCAGUGCAGGCUCUUGACGUUCCUUUCCUGUAUCUGUCCCUGGAACUUCUCAAGGAGGUGCGGAUGCUAACGCACAGCAGACAUAGGAACACAUCCUGCCAGUUGUGCCACUUUCAGGGUCAGAUAGGAGAGAUUGAAUGCUACGUAGGAGGGAGGCAUGAGUCACAAAGUGCAGGCAUGCAGAAAUCAUUCAUAAUAAUAAUAAUUUAUUAUUUAUACCUCGCCCAUCUGGCUGGGUUUCAUGGAUGCAUUCUAGUCAUAGGCUACAUGCAAUUAAUAGCAGAACAUUUUUAAAAUAAAACUACACCUUGGUUCUCUUAUAUCACUCUUAUAUCAUUAGUGAGACCAAGGCUGCAGUUCUAUAUCUAUUUACCUUGGUGUGAACACUGAAUAUAGCAAAGGCUUACCUCUCAUUUAAUCCCCACAACAAGCCUGUGACGUAGGUUAGGCUGAGACGUAGUGACUGGCUGAAGGUCACCCAGUGAGCUUCGUGGUUGAGUGGGGAUUUGAACCUUGGUCUCCCAAGUCCAAUUCAGUUUGAUUCAACCUCCCAAAGACUCCCUGCAUAAAUUUCUGAAAUAAAGCUGUAGGCUUCCAAAGGGUCUGGAACUUCGUUCCGAGAGUAGAUGUUAACAGGCCCCAGACAUGUUAAAAAAAAAAAGUUCCCCUAUCAAGAAAUCAGUGAAUGAGCAGCAUCAAAAUUGGUGUUAUGUUUGAAUAGGAAAAAUGCCUCCCCACCCCACAAACUCCAGCCAGAAAACUCUCCACCUGCUACAUUAUUUCAGGCCAUUCUGCUCUUGAAGACGCAAAAAUAAACAUACACAAAAAACUUAUUAUGUAUGUAGAAUUAUGAGGUUAAUUUGGGAUGACAGAGAAUAUUACAUAUAUGCACAAAUGCUUCAUGUCCAAACAGAGAGCAAUCCAUUUCAACCUGUCUGCUCAUUGUCCCCCCCCCCAACCUUCCAAAUCCAGGCAGUUCCAUUUCUGCACUGUUGCUGAUGCAUGCCUUUUGACCCCCGUUCAGAUAUAUAGAUUUGGAGGCUAGCGUUGCGUGAGCUGUCUCCAGGUACUGCUUGGCGUGUUUAACUUGCUUUUAUUAGCAGACUCUCAUCUCUCUGCUGUGACACAUCCCAGGUUCAGCUGUCAGCCAAGGUCUGAUAGAUCCAGCUGCACAGUUGAGUUCUCAUAUGUACGUAUUGUAUGCAUUUUAUUAAACUUCCCUCAUGCCCAGCAAAAAAAAGCAGAUGUUUAGGAAGGUAGAGAGGUUGCGGAAAAGAGGGGAGACCUGCAGAGUUUAAAUACGAGAACAGUGCCAAACAUACAUGGUAUGGAGAAAGUGGACAGAGAAGUUUUUCUUCUGCUGUAAUAACAGGACUUUUUUUUUGGGGGGGGGGGUCUCCAAUGAAAGUGAAUGUUGGAAGAUUCAGGAAAGACAAAAGGACUUCUUCACAUGGUGCAAUGGCUACUAGCUCUGAUGGUUUUCUCUGCCUUCAUGGUUGGAGGCAAUGAUACUUCUGAAUGCCAGUUGCUGGAAAUCACAAGCGAGGAGAGUGCUGUUGUGCUUCCCAGAAGAGGCACCUGACGUGCCCCACGGAGAACAUGAUGCUGGGCUGGAUGGGUCAUAGGCCUGAUUCAGCCAGGCUCUUCUUAAGUUCUCAUGCCAGGGCUGAGCAUAUUUUGUACAAAAGAGCCUUUCAGGCCAAUGGCCCAUCUAGUUCAGUAUCCUGGUCUCACAGUGUUGAACCAGAUGCCAUAAUGGGAAACCCACAAGCAGGACCUGAGUGCACCAGGACUUUCUCUGCUUGUGAUUCCCAGCAACUGGUAUUGAGGUAUCUGGACUCUAGCCUGCAUAAUCCUGAAUUCUAGAUCGAUGUAGAAUGACUGCAAGCCCCACAGCCAACAGAAAGUAUUCUGGACAUUGAGUAGAAGCAUUCUGCGGCUGCCAGCAGGUUUUGGGAACCAAAUAACCUGUUGAUGAUUAACAUGGAAACUUUGGACUCACAUGCAUAAUCCGAACCAUUGACUCGAGAGUUUUGUUUGUAUAAAGUGCUUUUCCCUUCUUCCUAGAGGUGACUUAAAAUUGGUAAGGGUGCCACCCUAUUUCAUCUCCCCCAAGUGGUUCAGGUUGGUUCAAGUGGAUUGAGUGAUGCCAAAUAAUCUCACAGUUCGCCCUGAAAUCUUUGGAAUAUGUGGUUUUUAUUUCUAAGAAAUGUCAUCAUUCUUAAAAAAAACAAAAACAUAAACAAUGAUCCAAGGCAGUUAACAAAAGUCACUAUAAAAAAACAACAACCACCCACCUCUCAUCAGAUUAAAAUCCGUAUCAUAAAAGACCAACAACCAAAAAGAUAAAACAUGUUGAGACAUAAAAGGAAGGCUGUGAUUCUAAGUAUGUUUAUGUGGCUGUGCAUCCCAUAAGAACAUACGAAGAGCCUGCUGGAUCAGGCCAAUGGCCCAGCUAGUCCAGCAUCCUGUUCUCAGAGUGGCCAAUCAGAUGCCCAAACAUGAAACUCAAGCAGGGCCUGGGCACAAAAGCCUCCUUUGGUUUCCAGCAACUGGCAUUCAGUAGCAUUGCUUUCCCAUAUUACCUAGGAUUAAAUAUGCAUAUCAAAGAAAUGCCAGAAAUUACAAAAUAGGGGUAAAUGUAAAAACCUGCAAGCAUAACUUUGAAAACAGACUUACUGAACUCUCUUUUUAAAAGAAACUGAACGCUGUGAACCCUGGUGUUCAAAGCAGGUUGCAAGGAUGACGUCUGUCUGAGAUGCCUCCUCCCAAUGUGCCAUGGAUUAAUAAUUGUGAUGCCUCCUCCCCUUCUUUACACUUUGCUCUGGCUUCUGGUUAGGCCUCCUUGGCCCUCUGGGGUAAUUUGUUCCAGUCUAUGAGAAGGGUCUGGCUGCUGAAUCAGGCCCAUCUAGUCCAGCACCCUGUUUUCACAGUGGCCAACCAGAUGGCUGUGUGGGGAAGCCCAAAAGCAGAACCUGAGCACAAGAGCAUGCUCCUUUCCUUUUCAUUCCAGCAACUGGUGUUCAGAAGCAUUGCUGCCUCCAGCGUGGAGACAGGGCAGAGCCAGCACAGCGAGGAACCACUGAUAGGUAUAUCAGCCGUGGAUUUGUCUAAGCCUCUUUCUAAGACCUACAGGGUGAUGACCAUCACUGCCUCCUGUGGCAGAGAGUUCCAUAGUUCAACUAUGAGCUGCCUGAAGUAUUUUCUUUCUUCUGUCCUGAAUCUCUGAACAAUCAGCUUCAUGGGGUGCCCACAAAUUCUAGUGUAAUGAGAGAGGGAGAAAAAAAACCUUUUCUCUACCCACUCUUUCUGCGGCAAGCAUCAUUUAAUAAACUUCUAUCAUGCCACAUCUUACGUGUCUUUUCUCUAAAAGAAAAAAACCCAAACCAGAGGUCAGCAAACUUUUUCAGCAGGGGGCCGGUCCACUGUCCCUCAGACCUUGUGGGGGGCCGGACUAUAUUUUGUAAAAAAAAAAAAAGAACAAAUUCCUAUGCCCCACAAAUAACCCAGAGAUGCAUUUUAAAUAAAAGGACACAUUCUACUCAUGUAAAAACAUCAGGCAGGCCCCACAAAUAACCCAGAUAUGCAUUUUAAAUAAAAGGACACAUUCUACUCAUGUAAAAACAUGCUGAUUCCCGGACUGUCCGAGGGCCGGAUUUAGAAGGUGAUUGGGCCGCAGCGGGCCCCCGGGCCUUAGUUUGGAGCCCCAUGCCCCAAACCUUUCUUUAUAGGGGAAUCGCUCCAUCCCGUUUUAAUGUGCAAGGCUUAUUCAUGCCUUAUCCACCUUCCACGUUGUAGGGAACAGUAGCAGUACUCAAUGCAGCUAUUAUUAGGGUUACGAUGCCCAUAUUUCACGUUAGGCCAGACACCCCCCUCCCAUCCUUCCAGCUGCGCUUCUCUCUCCCCCCCACCCGCCGCCAGCUGUGCGCUCUGAUGCAGCUGCCUGUCCAGAUGACCCACGUGGGUGGUGGUGAUGGGGGAAGCCCAGGCUGGAAGGAAUCGGGUGGGGUGGAGCCAGAGGAAGCCCCGCCCUCCUGCCCAUCACCCCCUCGCGCCACCAAUGGGGCGCGGCGACACAUCGGCCAAUCCUGGGAGGGCUUGUGAUUUCCAUGGCAGCGCCGCAGCGGACAGAGCGGACUAGGAGCCUGGCAAGGCUUGGAGGCGCAGCUGGAGCGGCAGGGACAGGAUGGGGUCCGUGAGGAGACCCCCGACAGGUAAAGUGGGAGCCCCCACCCCUUGCAUCGAAGCGGCUUUCCUGUGUUGUGCAUGCAGCUGAUCCCUGAACUCCCGGGGGCGAGCAAUCAGGAGCUCGGAAUCGGAUCCCAUUUAAUCGACCGCAGAGCCGAGAAGACGACAUCCUCUCUGCCUGCGUGGGUGCUGGCUUGGUGCUUCUUACUAUUUCUUUCUCGUGCUUUCUAUGAACUCUGCGUUGUUGCUUUUUCAAAAAGGAGGAUCAGGGGAGAGCGUCUCUGAGCAUGCACAGAUUCCAUCAAGCCUGUUUCUUCGUACGAUCCAGCUUCUUCAUGGUCUAAAUCGCUGACGUGGCACAGGCGAUCUGCUUCAGUCGCGUGAGGUACCGUUCUGCGGGAAGAUGGUUGGCAAACUCAAGCACAACCUGCUGCUGGCUUGCCUGGUGGUAAGCUCAGUGACGGUCUUCUACCUGGGCCAGCACGCCAUGGAGUGCCACCACCAGAUGGAGGAGCGCAGACAGGUAGUCCGCCCGGAGCCGGUCAGGGCCACUUUGAGAGCUGGUUCAGGUUUGCCAGAGAACACCACCUUGGCCUACCACAAAGACAUGCCCUUGAUCUUCAUUGGAGGGGUCCCUCGGAGUGGCACCACCUUGAUGCGGGCGAUGCUGGAUGCUCACCCGGACAUCCGCUGCGGGGAAGAAACACGGGUGAUCCCCCGGAUCCUGGCCGUCAAGCAGAUGUGGGCUCGGUCGAGCAAGGAGAAGAUCCGGCUCGAUGAGGCCGGCGUCACGGACGAGGUCUUGGAUUCGGCUAUGAGGGCGUUCUUGCUGGAGAUCAUUGUGAAGCAUGGGGAGCCAGCCCCGUACCUGUGCAAUAAGGACCCCUUUGCCCUCAAGUCCCUGGCGUACCUCGCCCGGAUCUUCCCCAACGCCAAGUUCAUCUUGAUGGUGCGGGACGGCCGGGCCUCCGUCCACUCCAUGAUCUCCAGGAAGGUCACCAUCGCUGGCUUUGACCUCAGCAGCUACAGGGACUGCUUGACCAAGUGGAAUCGCGCCAUAGAGACCAUGUAUAACCAGUGCUUGGAGGCUGGCUUGGACCGUUGCAUGAUGGUCCAUUACGAGCAGCUUGUCUUGCACCCCGAGAGGUGGCUACAAACGCUCCUCAAGUUCCUCCGCAUCCCGUGGGACCCCGCCGUUUUGCACCAUGAAGAAAUGAUUGGGAAAGCCGGGGGCGUCUCCCUCUCAAAAGUUGAAAGAUCUACCGACCAAGUAAUCAAGCCAGUGAAUGUGGAAGCUUUGUCAAAAUGGGUGGGGAAAAUCCCCGAUGACGUCCUUCAUGACAUGCCUGUGAUCGCCCCGAUGCUGGCAAAACUUGGCUAUGACCCCUACGCCAACCCCCCUAACUAUGGGAAGCCGGAUCAGAAAGUUUUGGAAAACACUAGAAGGGUCUACAAAGGAGAAUUUCAACUUCCCGACUUUCUCAAAGGAGUGCCACAGCUGCGGAAGACUAUAGAAAGGAAGCCCCAGGCCAAGAUAAAAUGAUUGAGGAGCUGAUGUGAAAGCUGAUGUGCUGAAAUAGAAGUCCUGGUGGAGUUAAUUGUGCUUAAUUGGGGCGUCAGCUGCCUUUUUGAGGAAAGCAUUGGGGUGGAAUCGUCAAGAACCUGCUGAGCUGUUCUGUUUGUUCAGAAUUUCCCCCCCCCAUCCUGUGGUUUUUGUUUUGCUUUUUAAAAAGUGGGUAUAUUUGUGGGAGGGGAAAGGGGGUUGCGCACACAUGUUAACCCUCUGUGUCUUAGUCCUCGUGCCAUUGACUCCAUGGCGGCCCCUCUGAAAUGCUGGAGCUGUUUUGAAUGAGUGAUUCCAGGAUCGCCGCACCAGAGAGGGUGCACUGCAGCUGGAGAUCUCUUCUGUGCAAACCUCUUCAGAAGGAGUGGACAGCGAGCAAAAGUGCUUUGCUGUGCACACAUGCCAUUUGGUAUCCACGGUUCUUGUGCAGGAGACAUUCCCCGUGAAUUCAUCCCAUGGCCAAAUUCUUAAGACUCGUCGCUGGAAAUCCAGGACUGUCUUUCUCCAUUUACACAGCACCUGUGAAAGCCAUAGGAGCAGAGAUUGUUUGGACUGAGCUUGGAGAUGCCUAUCGCUGCCUGUCUUCUCUCUCUUGUUCUUGCACCUUAGUUUUUACCAGAGCGGGUUUUUGUAGAAAAACAAAACAGAUUUGGAAUGUCAAAUAUGUGAUUUUUUUGGGGGGUGGGACGGUGUUUCUCUGCUGGUUUGAAUAUAUUUACCUGUGGCCUGCAAGUGUGUGAGCAGCGGGCUGUGACCACACUGGUGAAUGUUGGUUUAUCUGCAUGCCUACCCACUGAGCUGACAGUAGGCAGUCGUUGCUUAAUGGGGGUGGAGGGAGGAAGGGAGACUUGGACUGCGCCCCCCUUGCCCCAUCAUCCCAAACAGGAGAUGGACAAUGUCAAAGUCAAUUGUACAGAGUAUCUGUGAGGCAAUGAUUCCCGUGAGUGUCAUUAGGGACAAAGUUCAUUCCGCACCAGGAGUGCCACCACUAAGAAUGCCCUGCUCUGACUGCCACCUGCCUCACCUCUAAAGGCAUUGGCAUCCGGAGCAGGGCUUCCUGACACAGAUCCUAAAGAAAAGGUAUGUUAAGAUCAUAAGAAGGGCCUGCUGGAUCAGGCCAAUGGCCCAUCUAGUCCAACAUCCUGGCCACCCAGAUGCCCCAAUGGGAAACCCACAAGCAGGACUCGAACACAAGCCUGUGGCUUCCAGCAACUGGGAUUCAGAAGCACCACUGCCUCUGACCAUGGAGGCAGAACAUAGCCAUUGAUCACCUCUCCCCCAUGAAUUUGCCCAGUGCUCUUUUAAAGCUAUCUAGGUUGGUGGCCAGCACUGCCUCCUUUCAAUUUGUGCUGCAUGAGCCAGUGCUCUCUUUGAUCUGUCCAUAAAUUUGCAAGGGAGCAGAUGGUCCUUUGGAUAACAAGUGUGGCUUGGCAUGCCAGAUCAAAACUUAAAAAUGUUUCCUUUACUUUCGACUCUCAGGGACUGGUGUAGAGUGGACCAAGACUCUGUGGUGGCUGAGCAUGGGGAAUUGGGAAUGGCAGCAAAUAUGGUCUCGCUGCUGAAAGUUGCCCAUGCCAAAUUCCCCCUCUGCCUCCCAUGUUUACAUUUAAGAAUUGCUGAGCCCUUGGGCCUCAGUGGUACAGCAUCUGCUUUUCAUGCAGGAGGUCCCAGGUUCAAUCCCCAAUGGCAGCACAGAAUCAUAGAAUCCUAUUCCAGGUAGGGUUUGGAAUGUCCUGAAAGCCCAGGGGAGCCACUGCCAGUCGGUGGGGAUAAUGGUUGGACUCUGCUUGGUAGAAGGUCAGAUUUCAGUCAGGGUGCAAAGCCCUGCUUACCUCUAUAAGCAAAGUAGCCAUUUCCCAGCUCAGCCCAAGCUCACCAUUCGGGAUUCUUAUGAAUAUGGAAUAAGGGUAAUUCCACAUUCACCAUCUCUCAGAUGCUAUAAAAAAUGAUAAAAGUGUCUCUUUUCCUGUUUUCCAACAUUGACAUACUAGAAGGCUUAAGGUAAAGGAUGUCAAAACCCAGAACAAUUGGAAGACAAGAAAAUUAUAAAAUGCACUGCAGUUCAGCAAUAGACAAGCUGAGGGUAACCUCUGCUGGAGGAAGGAGAAAAAGCUGCUUUGGAAAUCCUGAGUUGCAGCAACAUCCAACAUAACAGAAAACUUGCCAAUAUUUUCCUUAACAUUUAAAGGCUUAUAGCUGGUAGACAAGCUUUUGCCAACCUGGUGCCCUCCAGCUAUUUUGGACUACAAUUCUUAUCAGCCUCAGUUGUAGUCCAGAACAUGGGGAGGACACGAAGCUGGUGAUGGCUGUGCUAAUCCAUUUGUCAAAAUACCGCUUUUUGGCAAUUCUUAUUUAAAAUAUCGAAACCAGUUUCAUUGAGAUAUCGACAGACACUCAAGAUUAGGAAAGUGUCCUCACAGGUUACACUUGUUCCUUAUCAUUCAGCUGUGAAUUAAAAGGCCAGGAGAAGAAGACCCUUCUCCCCAAAUGCACAGAGUUUACGAUUCGACUGAUCUAAACAUCUUUUCAUCUUCUGGUCACCCUUCAGAGCAACCAAGAGACUGGACAAGGCAAUAUAAAAAACAGGUGCAAUGCAAGACACUUCCUCAGACACUGAAGCAACAACCCUGCCAUGCCCCCUUCUGUUUGACAGUUCCACAGCUUGAGCUGUAGACCAGGCAUCCCCAAACUGCGGCCCUCCAGAAGUUUUGGACUAAAAUUCCCAUCAUCCCUGACCACUGGUCCUGUUAGCUAGGGAUCAUGGGAGUUGUAGGCCAAAACAUCUGGAGGGCCGCAGUUUGGGGAUGCCUGCUGUAGACUACUCACAACUCCCUCCUGGAAUAAGGAGAGCUAUAAUUUUACCUUUGCAGUGGGUGUCAGGCCCAUAAAAAAGAAGCUGGCAACCUUUUCCCUGCCUUUUUCUCUUUCCAAUGAUAUUUAAUGUACAGGUGGACGUUGUUUUAACAUUGGUGGAGAACCUGUUUCAGCCAAAGAUUUGCAUUCUUAGUGUUUAGCACAUUGAGAGCAAAAGCAGGCAGAGUAAUGCAUGCAGUUCUUACCUUUCCUUAGGUUAUUUCCAGCUAGAUAAAAAAAGUUUUCUACAGCCACACCUCUUCAGGACAAGCAAGAGGCAUCAUUGCAGUGCAAGAAAAAAUUCCACCCAGGCAAAACCACCCAAAUGGUGCACAGCAGGGCUGGCAAGGGUGCGUGGCUUGAUGAGGCAAAACUCAUUCCAGGGGAAACUGCUGAAACAAAAAGGUAGAGGAUCUCUCACCCCAUGUUUACACAACAAUGAAAGGGCCAGUAACCCACUAAUCUGCUGUCAGUCUUAUACUAGGUUUUUCUGAAUGUGCUGUGUGUUUAUAAACCACAGCAGGGGAGGGUAUUCUUGUGGCUGAAUCCUGCUUUCAGGUUUCCUAUUGUGGCACCUGGUUGGCCACAGUAAGAAGAGGAUGCUGGACUAGAUUGGCAGCUGGCCUAAUUCAGGAGGCUGUUAUGUUCUUAAAUUCUUAACUGUCAUAUGCCUUGGUAAUGCUGCUGCCAUUUAUAAAUAACAGUUCUUAAAAAGCAUUGUUUUACUACCCCACCCCCAACGCCAAUAAUCAUUAUCUCUUUAUCCAGGGAAUGUGAAUGAAACAAACCAGAUUAAUUUUGUGUGCGUGUGUUUAAUUCUAGUUUUCUUUCAUUUGUUGUUUUUCUUUCAUUUUUUCGUUCUUGUGUGUUUUUGAAAUGUAUGUUCUUGUUUAAAUAAGUAAAAAAAAUAUAUUUUUUAAAUACUGCGGCCGUUACCAGCAUUUCAGGAGCGCUGUAUGUAUUGUUUUUGUGCUAUUGCAAAACUGACAAAGUUCCAGGAAGCAUAUGUAAUUCUAGUCAUGUGUAUUUAUUGGUAAUUAAUUAUAUUAAGUACACAGCUUAGGGAAUUUUCUGAUUAAGUGGCCUAUAAUUUGUUUUCAGAAUAAAAAACUGGUUUGUGUGGACUGUGCCAAUAAAUGUGUCCUAUAAAUGAAUAUAAUUCGGUAGGGGAAGAUUUCCCCAAUUUCCAUGCUAUAGGAAGUUUGUGCUGCAGAAUUACUGCCUAUCAGGACAUUUGCUGUGGGGAAGAGGAUGGAGAUUCGGUCGCUUCUCCAUCAUUAUGGAAGGCUGAAGACAAACGAGGCCUGCAUCCCGUUGCCAUGGACACGGGAUGAGUCAAGAUGGUACCCGCUCAGACAGUAGGCCGAAAGAGGAAGGCGACCCUCUCUGUCUCUAUGGCAGCAAGAAAGCCGCAGGCUCACCGCUUCUCGUCGCUAUGGGAGACGGAGAGCUUUCCCUUUCCCCGCCUAUUUUUGUACUGAACCAAUAGGAUGUCCUUA